GGGACAUUGAUUUAGACUUCAAUGGCUUACGCGUUUUUCGCUUUCUUUGCUUGCGUUGUUCUCGCUUAUGGCGACCAAAUACCGGCAGUUCUGUGGCAUGGAAUGGGAGACUCGUGCUGCAAUCCGUUGAGCCUCGGACGAAUUGAGAAGAUGAUCGUAGACAAGAUACCGGGUAUUUACGUCAAGUCUAUUUCGAUCGGAGACAACAUUAUUGAGGAUACGUUCAAUGGUUUCUUUAAGAACGCAAACGAACAGAUUGAUAUCGUUUGUGCUCAACUCAAAGCAGAUCCCAAAUUGGCAAACGGAUACAACGCAAUGGGCUUCAGUCAAGGCGGACAGUUUUGGAGGGCUGUUGCACAGCGUUGUCCGACCCCGCCGAUGUUCAAUCUGGUUUCGGUGGGCGGCCAGCAUCAAGGAGUUUUUGGAUUUCCUCGUUGCCCGGGAAGUGAGGCUCUGUGUGAAAUGGUCCGUAAACUGCUUAAUUAUGGAGUCUACGAGAGGUAUGUACAAGACAAUCUUGUUCAAGCUGAAUAUUGGCAAGAUCCUCUGAACGAAACUGAGUACAGAAAAUAUAGUGUCUUCCUUGCAGACAUCAAUCAAGAAAAUGUAAAAAAUGCGACUUACAAGGAGAAUCUGAUGAAGCUGAAGAACUUUGUGAUGGUGAAGUUCCUGCAGGACACGAUGGUUCAACCGAAGGAAAGUGAGUGGUUCGGAUUCUAUAAACCUGGACAGGACAAAGAAACAUUUACCCUACAGGAAAGUCCACUCUACAUGGAGGACUGGCUCGGAUUGAAAGAAAUGGAUGCCGCCGGGAAGCUCCAUUUCCUUACCUCUGACACAGACCAUCUUCAAUUCAACGACACUUUCUUCAACAACGAGCUGCUGCCGUUUCUCAAGUAGAUUCCACGCUGACCGUUUUGUCUUACUUGAUGUGCUAGAGCUGCAAACGUAUUAAUUAAACAGAUGUUUAGUAUGCAUAGAAGGUUAUGGUUAGUUGAUAGUGGCUGUUGGCAAUCAACUUAUACUUGAUGGAUGGAGUUUAGUGUUUUUGUUUGUAUGGAGAAUUGGAAGUAGGCAGGAUGGACUGUA